AUGAUUGUCAAAAUACUCUUAAAGACCUACAUGGCAUUGCAAGCAUUUAGCAAACGAUAUCUACUAGCCUUGAAUGAUUUGGUGUAUGAGAGAAAUCAGGAUCACAUUUUUUAAAUUAUAAUUGUCUAAAUUUUUAUCAUUCUUCAUGAAUUGCAAUAGAUCGAACUUUCAACCAAUCCCAACUUUAAUUACUUAAUUUUAGAAAUUGCAAAGCGAUACAGGAUCAGUUUUUUAUUACCAGUAAAUUCCAUCUCUGCACUCUAUGUAAUUGCUACAUUUACAAUAAUCUCUUUUGUCAUAAUCAUCAUAGUCACAAUUUGUUACAUGCAAAAACUAAUUCAAUCAAAUUCAAUCAUCUAUUAUGUGCUCUCUAUCAAUCAUUAUCUACUGAUCAUUCCAAUCUUUUUUGCAGGAUUUCAAAAUGUGACCCAACAAACAGUCAACGGAAUAUCCAUCGUAUGCAUGCUAUUAUCAUUUAUAAUUGAAAUAUUCAAUCUCACUUUGAACACAAAACUGCAUUUCAUCGAAACCGAAGGAGCCUAUUAUUCAACAAAAAUGCAUUUCUUACAAAUUAUGUUCAACAUUUUAUUUUGCUUAAUACGUGCAAUUGCACCACAGAAGUUCCUAAUCAUUCAAAUAUUUCAAAUUAUCCUCAAACUAAUUUACUGCAUUAGCAUAAUCUAAAAAUAAGAUCGCAAUACUACUUUUUAAUUAUCAAUACAAACUAUCAUCAUAAUUUAGAUACUCUUAAAUACCUUUAAAUUGGAUUGGUGUCAAAUAAUGAUUUAUUUUAUCCUAGGUAUUACUCUAAUAAUUGCAAUUAGAUAAAAGAUUAUCUUAUAUUAUAUAUUGAAUAAUAAUCAAGUAUCUUUAUUAAAACUAUAAAUUCAUAAUUUAGUUCAAUUUAACAAAAAGAAAAAGAUCAUUGAAAUCUUGAUUGCAUCUUAAAUUCAAUAUGCAAGUCUCGAUGCCUUUCAAAUCGUUAAACAUUUCGAUACUUUUGAUCAGAAAAUACAGUACAUAGAUCAUUUAAAAAAUAAAAAUUGCAUGAAAGGACUCCUACUAUUGUCCAAAAUCAAAUCAGAAAAAUUCUCCUAUCUUUAAUAACUUAAAUUGUAGACCCUCAGGAAGAAAUUGAACACCAAUUGCAAACGCUAUUACAGUCAACAAGAAGAGAUUAAAUUAGCCACAAAAGUAUUGAUAGUGGAAGAUAAAAUAAUUAUGAUUUUAAACAAAAUAUCGAGACUCAAAAUAGAAUUUUUAUUGUAAUUAAAAAGUGAUCUAGAGGAGCAAGCAUACAUCAAAGCAAUUCUGAGAGGCUUUAAUAAGAUUACCCAAGAAUUGCAAAAUUAGUAACAUCAAUUUGAAUCUCUGAUAGAUUUAACCUAGUUAAAAAUGAAAUAUUUACCAUAAAGUGACAUUCUAACUUUAAAACACAUUGCUAAUUUCUAUUAAAACUUUUACUUAGAUUUCGAGAAAGCUUAAUAAAUAAGAAACAAAAUUGUUGAUAGAAUAUCAUGGAACAAAAUGAUGAAUCUCUAAAUUGAAGCAUGUCAAUCUUUGGUCAUUCAAAUCAGCUAUUUGAAGGAAUUCGGAAAGGUUUGCCAACUUAAUUUAUAGAGAUUGAAAUAGACCUUCCCUAAUUUGAAAACCGUGCCUCAAAAUAUUUCUGAUAUACUGCCUCAGUUUUGGAAGGAUUCCUACUAUAAAUUAAUUUAAACAUAUUUGGAUUCAUCAUCAAAAUCCAAGAAUUAAUUUGAAGGCAUUUUAAACAAUGAUGCCUUCAUCCAACCUUGUUAGAUCUAUUUAUCCUAUGAACUUACACCUGAUGACAUUAUUAUUAAUCAGUUGAUUAUUAUGGAAAAAUUAACUCCAUAAAUAUUAUGGUUUAAUUCAGAUGGAAAGAUACUUGGUAUUUCUAAGGAAAUCUAUGAGCAUUUAAUUUAAAAAUCAGGGAAUGCCUUUACUUAAUAAUUGAAAGUCAAUUAAUUUUUGGAGAAUGCCAUGAUAUAGUUUUAUAUUGGUGAAAUUUAUUCUUAGGUGUUGCAAUUUUAAUCUCUAACAUUGUAAGAAUAGUAUUCUCAAAAAAUUUCGACUUAAUGGAAAUUUCCAUUAAAUCAUAAAAAAUGCUUUGAUAAAGUCAAAUAAUUUUACAAUGAAGAAGUUUCUUUGACUUCUAAGAAAUCGUUGUAAUAAAUCUUCUAUUCUCAGUCUACCAAAAAUAUGUUCAAUAAUUUUAAAUCGAAAGUGACAAUUGCUUAAGCCACAGACCCUAAAAUUCAGAACAUUCCAAUCAAAAUAAUAAAACCCAAUUACCAAGAAUCAAUAUCUAAGAUAGUGAUCAGUUCUAAGUCUAUCAGCAUAGAUAUCGAAUACGAAUUAAAUCUUAAAAUAUACGAAUAAAUUGAAGGUGACCAGAUUGGCUUAUUUUCCAUGAACUUUUUACAAGUGGAAGGAUUGAAGAGUCAUAUCUCAUAAGAUUAAUACAUUUAGUAAGGGUUGAAUCAUCUGCUGAAUAAUAUCUAGCAAUGCGAAUAAUAAUAGAGCAAUUUGGAAUAAAGCCAAGUUUAAGCAGAAAAUCUAAUCAGUCACAAAGGUCACUAUAGACAUAUCAAGAUAUCUUUAUUUCUGCUCCUCAUAGUUUCUCUCAUUUUGAUAAUCCUGUCUUACUUUAACAUCGCAGCAAAUCAAAGUGAUAUCAAAGUUUUUGAGUAUUAUUAUGAUUAUGCCAUUUAUCCACAAGCUAUUACAUUCGCUUAUGCUGCACUCUUUUUGAAUCAAUGGAAUCGAUAAUGUUCGAUAUCCAAACUUUAUAAUUUAUCUGAAUUGGUUGAGACAUCUAGAUUAGGAUCCCUUGAAUUCGUGAAUGGGAUAUUCUUAGCAAGAUACAAUAUAGAUUCAAUGGGUUGUUAUCUCUUGAGUCUUGAUAUCCAUUAGGAAACAAUAAUAGCUGAUUAUUACAGUAAUGAUACUCUCCAAAGAGAUGAGUUGAAUUACUUACAAUUCUUUGAUAUAGCUAGAACAAAGAUGGAUAAAAUGCAUAGAGAGAAUCUAAUUAAUUACAAGACACCUUUGGAAGACUAUUCAACGUUGAAUUCAUCUAGUUUUAUAAGGCAAAAUGUAAUCAAGAUAUUUGUAUUUUGUGAUAUUGCAAUGGAUGCUCUGAUUUAGAUUGUAUUAGAUAAAAUUGAGCAAUCAACUUUAUAGUUCAAUAUCAUCCUAAUUAUAGAAGGCAGUUUGGCACUAAUCAUUAUUUUCGUUCAAUCAAAAACUAUGUUUAAUUCUUCAGAUUUAAAAAAUAGAAUAUUCUAAUUGUUAAGUCAUCUAAAUCAUGAUACUAUUCAUGAAAUCAUUAUUCAAUUAGGUGAAAUGAAUCCUUAUCAUACUAUGACAUCCACUAUUUAGAAUCAAUCUACAAUCAACAACUAAUAAUCAUCUCGUCUCAUUAAACAAAAAGCAACUGUGUAAAUCAAUCAUAAAUUGAUCAAUCAUAAAUAUCAAUCUCUUAAAUCCUUUAUGUUACCUUUAACCUAUUUUAUUAUAUUCUUAACUUUAGGAUUAUCAGUUUCCUUUUUGCAUUUAGAAUACUACUAAUAAUACAAGUAGUCUUUGAGAACUACCUUUUAGUUUGUUAAGUUAAAGAAAAUAUUUGAUAGUUCAGUAUUGUUGGGGGAACUCAUUAAGACAGAAUACUUAAUAAACUCAGAUUCAUUGCAACACAUCAAUUAAAUUGAAAUUAUUUCACAGUUUUUUAAUUAUACUGAUUAAUUGUUGCCUAUCAUUAAUAAUAUCAUUGACGAAGUUAUGGAGAAUGAUAUUUUUAAUUCAUCUACCCAGGAAUUAAUUAUGACUGCUUUGUAAGGGAAUUUGUGUGAGAAAUUUCCGAAUUUCUAUUAUUAUUGCAACAUCUCUUCUACUUUGAAUUAUACUGAAAAAGAUAUUACUUAUAUGUAUUUAACAUAGGGGAUUAGUGGCAUGAUGCAAAAAUAUUAAAAUUUAUUAUAGAGUGAGUUUUCAUUUGAAAGAGACUCCUUACAAUAUCAAACCAACACUACACUGCUAUAGGAAUUUUUAGAUUCAUAAAUUCAUCAGAACAUUUUUGUGUAAUAUUUUUAUGAUAUGGAGUACUUGGUCUUUACUAGUUUCCACUAUUUUUAUGAUCAAACUUUAGCUCUGGGUUAAGAGGUAAAAGAUAAAUUAAGUUACUUCUUCUUAUACUCUGGACUGAUUUCAUUGGCUUUGAUAACUGUUGAAUUUCUAAUUUGGUAUUAUUUGGAAGAUUAAGAAUUUACUUAAUUGAAAUUUAUAAUUACACUACUGCCCUAGUCUUUACUCAGGAAUAGGAACAUUAGUAGAUUGGUUCUGAGAACUAUUACUUAAAUUUAUUGA